UUUGAUUUUAAUAUCACAACAUUACUUGGCUCGCCCCUCUUGGAGUUGGCGGUUCGAUGUUGUAACAGUCGCUGCGGCCGGUGUAGCGAUCAGAAGUCCAGUACUAUUCCGUACUGCAGAGUAGAUCGCGCAAAAUGUGGUGGUUGUGUGUAGUGCUCUGUUUCGGAUUAACUUUUUGCGCCGAAAACGAGACAGCGUACGAUGAGACUCCACAACUGGAUUACUACUCUAUGCCAGCUCUAUCGGAGCUGGACGACUUCGACUUGUGCUUGAGGAAACCCGAAUCAAUCUACUGCAUAGUAGAUUUUGUUCUGAUGGAAGAUGAGACACCGCUGUACCAAUUCAUUAAGAACCACUCGUCGAUGACGUACACCAACUACAAGUACUCGAAGCUACAUCGCGGCGUGUGCGCCUCUAAGGCGUGCGGGUUGAAUGUGUCGCACGCUGACGGAGGAGAGACGGCUAUCGCCGCGCUGAAGGAUUGCUUCAACGCAAGCAUACAUCAGCAAUAUGGGUUACAGGUAGAGAAACUGUCGCUGAGAUACUGCAAGACACAAAGUGACUACUUGCCAUACGAUGCUCUGGAUUUCAUCAUAGGCGUCAUUUUGUUACUCCUGUUCCUAGUCAACUUUGGCUGUUCUGCGUACUUCUACUUCUGGCCCCCAACUGAAAUAAGAGCGAAUCCAUACAUGCUGGCAUUCAGCGUCCAGAAGAAUUGGAAGGCGCUCAAGCACGGAGGCAGCGCUGAUGGUGGCAUCUUCAAAUGCUUCCAAGCUUUAAGAUUUUAUACUAUGGUGAUGAUACUUGGCCUCCACUCUAUGAUCUUCAUCGGUUAUGGCUACACGGCGAAUCCAGAGUUCAUCGAGCAUUCAUACAGUGAUUUCUUCAAAGCUCUCCUCUUCAACGCCCGCGUCAUAGUCCAGAUAUUCUUCAUGAUGGGUGGGUUCCUGAUGGCGUACAAGAUGCUCACAUAUGCGGAAACGCACCCGUUCUCAUUGAAGACUGUGCCGAUGGCGCUGGUGAACAGGUGGUUGAGGUUAAUGCCCGCUGUGCUGGUAGUGAUGGGGCUGGCGAUGACCUGGGUCCCGCACUUUGGCUCCGGCCCAAUGUGGGACGCGGUGGUGAAGCGAGAAAGGGACAUGUGCAGAAGCAACUGGUGGCAGCUGGUCAUACUGAUGCCGAACCUGUUCCCAUUCGAACAUUUGUGCUUGCCACAAGCCUGGUACCUCGGGACUGAUACACAGCUGUUCCUCAUCACUUUGGUGAUUAUGCUGAUAAUCUGGAGGUGGCCCAGGAGUGGGGUGCCGGUGCUCUCCAUCGUGAUGGUGAUCAGUCUUCUGAUACCGUUCCUCCAAAGCUUCUUCAUGAAGUUACUACCGAUUCGAGUCAGCUUGUUUCCCGAGUCAAUAAGGGACAUAUUCGGAUACAACGACACUUUCUAUCAUGCGUAUGUGUCUGCCCAAGGCAAUUGGGCAGGGUAUCAUCUUGGCGUGUUAACGGCUUACUUCUACCACAGAGCACAACAGGAGAAGUGGAACUUGCAUGAAUCUUUUCUCUUGAAACUUCUCUUCCUGGCGUCAGUGCCUGUUGCCUUGUUCGCUGCUUUCAUGGGCUGGGAUUUGCACCACCGCGAAGCCUCCGUCUUGGAAGCCGCCGUCUUCAACGCGUUUAAUCAGAACUUCUUCGCCCUUGCAAUGUGCGUCUUCAUCAUCGGAUGCUUCUACAGGCUCAACAGAAUCUAUGUAGGCUCCGUUGAGUGGGGCCCGCUUCAGCCCCUUGGUCGGAUGUCCUACUGCGCUAUGUUACUCCACGCUACAGUCUUGAGGACCUACGGAGGACAGCUGAGGAAAUCUUUCUACGCCACUGAUUACUCUGCGAUCAUGUUGUACGCCGGUAUAGUCUGCACCACGUACCUGGUCGCUCUCCCUCUCCAUCUUUUCGUGGAGGCUCCGGCUUGUCAACUCCAGAAGAUCCUUCUUGGCCCAAAGAGAAGACCUAAGAUGGCUGAAGACACCAACGGCAAUCAAGUGAAGCCGGGCAUUUCAACUGUUUCUGUUUCCACAGUAUCGACUCAUAUUUAG